CGUAGUAGAGUAGUGUGAAGUUCAAAAACCCCAGCUUGACCUUGGUAACGGUCUAGUCUCUCUCGACCAAUCAGCGAAAAGGAGGGAAGAAAACUGACAUGGCUGCUUUGCUUUGUUGUCCUCAUUGUGUGUUUAUACAAAAUUCACGCGUUUGUUGACAUUUCUUGCAUGGUUGGACCGUCUUAGAACAGCGCAGAAAUGUCUGCGAGCAUCGGGGUGAACCUCCGGGUGACUGGUCACAGCCAUCAAGGUGGAAGAAAGUACAUGGAGGAUAUUUUCUCCGUUGCCUACCAGUCGACCGCAGAUGAGAAGGACUUGGAAUAUGCGUUCUUCGGCAUCUUCGACGGACACGGUGGUCGUGAUGCUGCUCAGUUUGCUAAGGACAAUCUUAUGGACUUCAUCGUGAAGCAGAAAAGCUUCUGGUCUGACAGAGAUGAAGACGUCCUCCGGGCAAUUAGUGAAGGAUUCGUUGCUACUCAUAAUGCUAUGUGGAAAGUGAUCGAUAAAUGGCCAAAAACUUCGAGUGGGCUGCCAAGCACAUCUGGAACGACUGCUAGUGUUGCUUUCAUCAGAAGAGGAAAAGUUUAUAUAGGUCAUGUUGGUGAUUCUGGGAUUGUACUUGGAUGCUCUGACGAACUUGAUGGAGAGUGGAAGGCGAUGCCUUUGACAAAUGAUCACAAACCUGAGUGCGAGAAAGAAUCACGACGGAUUCAUGAUGCUGGUGGUAAAGUUGUCAACAAAAUGGGGGUACCAAGAGUUGUGUGGAAUCGCCCAAAGCCUGGUCAUCAAGGUCCUGUUAGGCGAUCAACUCCAUUUGACGAGGUUCCAUUUUUAGCUGUCGCUCGUGCUCUAGGAGACCUUUGGAGCCACAACAAAGAGCAUGAUUCUUUUGUUGUGUCACCUGUGCCAGAUGUCCAUGUGUUCAAAGCCGAUGCAUCAAAACACAGGUGUCUCAUUUUAGGGACAGACGGUCUGUGGAAUGUUAUGACACCUCAACAAGCAGUUCAAAUUGUGCAGGAAACAGAGAGAUACAAUGCAUCUCGCUUGAUGGAGACAAAUGAAUCUUGGAUAAAUCCAUCUCACUACCUGGUUGCUAGAGGUCUGCGUCAGUGGGGAAAUUUGAAAAUGAGAGCUGACAACACCAGUGUUGUCACUCUGUUGCUUGAUCCUCCAGGUCCACCCAAAUACCAGGUUAGACACCAAGGAAGUCCAAGCACAGCCAACAAUCAAGACCAAAGCUUUUGGGACACUGAUCCAGAGGAUGUUGCGACUGAAGUUGGCAACUUUCUUCAUGAUGAUCCCUCACAACCACCAACAUCGCUACAACAUGUACCUUGUUUGGAUGCAGCUCCUGAUUGUGUCCCAACAGCUGUUGAAGCUCCUGUGCCAAGCCCAAAGGAGCCGUUGCCAAGCAAGACUGUUCGAGGAGCAGUCUUGUCUGACGAGACCAAAGCCAGAAAAAGACCCUUACCAUCACAAUCAUCUGUGCAUGUCAAGAAAAGACAAGGCCUCGCAGAAAACAGGGGAAGUGUUGAGAAAGAGAAACACAGGACGCCUCCUUCUGUUAAGAGGGAGCUCCGGUCAAACAAUGUACCACUCAGGAAGAGAUUGCGACCUUCGAUUGCAGUGAAGUGACGAGACUUUUAUUUUUUCUAGCAUGGUCUGUGAUAGCACGUGCCUCUUUCUACUUUUAUAAUUGUUGCAGGCCAUCGGUCAUUGUUAUUUAUUUCAGUUUGGUUCAUCGUCACGACGCAAAACUCGUCAUUGGAAAACCACCAACCGUAUUGGUCUAUUUAAUUUAAAUUCGCGUUUAACGAUUCUUGUCAAUGAUUUUUGUUCUAUUAGUCUACUGUUUAUUGUACAUAUUGGUAUAUUCUGCAACUCUCUAGCGCACACAUUACCAAUCUUUAUUUUUCGGCGUUUUGCCAAAUUGUUACUCUAAACUGAAAGUUAGGAGUAACAAAAGUAGAACCAAUAACUUUGAAAAAUCAUUUAUAUUUUUUACAAGACGAUUGUCAGUGAUGUGGAAAAGUAAUACUGAUCUCGAGUAAGCACCCACUCGCCUUUUAUUUAGGCCCUUGGAACAAAGGGGCCAAAAAAUUUCACAGCACAUGUUUAAUUCUUAUAACAAUAUUGUUGUAAGAUUUAAAGUUAUUUGUGUGUUCCAAACUUUAGUAACACAUCUUGUGCAUAAUUGGGAUUGUAAAACGAAUUGAUAGAGGAAAAGAAUUAUAAAUAUUUUUGAUACAGGAGAAUAAAAUAUGCUACAAUUCGUUGUA